GAAUUUGAUUCGGUUUUCAGACCAAGCUCCGAAACUGCGAGAACAACAAUUUAAACGACCUGGUGCACCGAAUAAUGCAUACCAAAGAAAAGGAGGACGUGAGCGAUAAGUCCUUCCAGCUGAUGAUAACAGACAUAUACACGAAAACUGUGAUGAUACUGAAGCCACCGUUUCUUUGUAGAACGAUCGUUGUGUGUCUGAUCGCGUGUUUCGUCACGUCCUCUUAUUACACACUGACGUUAUGGCUGCCAGAACUUUUCAACAGAUACGCGGAAUUCCAAGAUGCGUAUCCCAAUCAAACAGCUAGCGUUUGCACAUUGAAGAGUGCCAGAAACGUCACACAAAUGGAUAUGUUGGAGGACCCGUUCGGCUGCAAUUCCAGAGUACAAACUAGCGUGUUCGUGCACACAUUUAUUUUGGGCGCCUCGUGCAUUCCGACGGGAUUGAUACUGCCAUUACUCGUCAACUACGUUGGAUAUAAAUUUUUCCUCGUGAUAACAGCUUUCAUUCCUGCUGUCGUGACGGCUUGCCUCUUCCUGGUACAAACGUCUACACAAAACCUGAUACUUUCGUGCGUCUACGAAUCUGUCACUUCCGUUUGCCUGAGCGUCGUAUAUUGCCUUUUGGUCGAUCUCUAUCCGACGCAUUUGAGAGCAAUGGCAUCUGGCUUGUCCGCCUUCAUCAGUAGAAUUGGCGCCAUUAGCGGUACUCUGAUGAUCGGAUACUUGAUUGACGAUUAUUGCACAUUGGUAAUCGUCAUUGUGGCCGCUCAAUUAUUCCGUAUGUAUUCAAAUCUCUUCACGCUCUGAAUUGGAUCUGGAGCA